CUUGGAUAUGAGCACACAGGAAGAAAACACAGACCUGAUCGACAUCAGAAGGCACCUGCACACUGGACAUACACCAGGCAGAAAGAGACAUCUUGAUGAUGAUGUCCUGAUGGGAGUCAUAGAGAAACAUAAAGCCAGUCUGAAGAGGAGAUUUGAGAACAUAUCUGAAGGUGUUAACAAUGGAGGGACUCAAGUGCCCCUCAAAAAUAUCUAUACAGAGGUUUACAUCACAGAGGGAGAGAGUGAAGGCAUGAAUAAUGAACACGAGAUUUGGCAAGUAGAAUUUGCAUCUAGAGCACAAACCACUGAAGAUACACCAAUCAGCUGCAAUGAUAUCUUCAAACCUUUACCUGGACAGGAGAAGCACAUCAGAGCUGUGAUGACCAAAGGUGUUGCUGGCAUUGGAAAAACUAUCUCAGUGAAAAAGUUCAUUCUUGACUGGACAGAUGGUGCCAAUCAGGAUAUAGAUUUUAUAUUUUCGUUUUCUUUCCGUGAGCUGAAUUUGAUCAGGGAUGAUCAGUAUAGUCUUCACAAUCUCCUGCUUGACUUCUACCCUCAGCUGAACAGGCUAAAUGAUGAUGAAGGAUACAAAGACUGUCAGAUUGUGUUCAUCUUUGAUGGUCUGGAUGAGAGUCGACUUUCUCUCAAUUUUCAGCCAAAGAUGUUGGUAUCUGAUAUUAAACAAGCAUCAUCAGUGGAUGUUCUUAUUACGAGUCUCAUUCAGGGAUCUCUGCUUCCCUCUUCACUCAUCUGGAUAACCUCACGACCAGCAGCAGCCAGUCAGAUUCCUGCUAAGUAUAUCGAUCAGGUGACAGAAGUACGAGGAUUCAAUGACCCACAGAAGGAAGAGUACUUCAGGAAGAAAAUCAGUGAUGAGAGUCAGGCCAACAAAAUCAUCUCUCACAUUAAGGUAUCCAGGAGUCUCCACAUCAUGUGCCACAUUCCAGUCUUCUGUUGGAUUGCAGCCACUGUACUUCAGCAGAUGCUGCAAAAGGAUAAAACCCAGGAAAUCCCCAAAACACUGACUGAGAUGUUCAUACACUUCCUACUCAUCCAGACAACCAAGAAGGAUCAGAAGUAUCAAAGUGAAAGACAAACAUAUAAAGACCUGAAACCACAGAAAGACGUUAUACUGAACCUGGCAAAUUUGGCUUUCAAGAAUUUAGAGAAUGGCAAUGUGAUGGUUUAUGAGGAAGACCUGAAACAGUGUGGUAUUGAUGUCAGUGAAGCCUCGGUGUACUCUGGCAUGUGCACUGAGAUCUUUAAAGAAGAAUCUGUGUUUCACCAGGAGAAGGUCUACUGUUUUGUGCAUCUCAGCAUGCAGGAGUUUCUGGCGGCACUUCAUAUCUUUGCCUCCUACGGCUAUCAGAUGGAGACCAUGGGAACGCUAUUCUGCUUGGAGAAGUCACUUAAGUUUGCCAUUACUAAAGUUCUAGAAAGCAAAAAUGGACACUUUGAUCUUUUCCUUCGCUUCCUUUUGGGUAUCUCUCUGGAAAACAAUCAGUUACUUUUGACAGAUGUAUUGAGUCACACACACAACAGUUCAAAGAGCAUCAACGAAAUAUGCAGGUACAUUAAGGAUCUCAACAUACAAGACCUCUCUCCUGAAAGAUGCAUAAAUCUUUUCCAUUGUUUAAUGGAAAUGAAUGAUCAUACGCUGCAUGAAGAAAUUCAAAGAUUUCUUAAAUCACCCAAUAGUUUAAAACAGAAGUUAUCUCCUGCCCACUGUUCUGCACUGGCCCACAUGCUUCUGAUGUCUGAGGAGGAACUGGAUGAGAUUGAUCUGAAGAAAUACAACACAUCAGAUGAGGGACGCCGGAGACUGCUCCCAGCCCUGACUUGCUUCAGAGCAGCAAUGCUUGAUAGGUGUAAAUUCAACCAGAUGUCCUGUGAGACAGUGAAGAGAUGUCUGCAGUCUGCUAACUCCCUCAUACAGCUGGAUCUGAGUCACAAUGCCCUUGGAGAUUCUGGACUUCAGAUUAUUUCUGCAGGACUAACUAGUCCCCACUGUAAGCUACAAACCCUGAGACUCCUAGACUGUACACUGAGUGGUGAAUCCUGCAAGAUGUUAUCCUGUGUUCUACAGUCAGCAAACCCCCUGAUGGAGCUAGACCUGAGUCAAAAUGAUCUUGGAGAUUCUGGAGUCCAGCAUCUCUGUGAGGGACUAGCCAGUACUUGCUGUAAACUGCAAAUAUUAAGGCUCUCAGGUUGUCUCAUCUCAGAGGGAGGCUGUGGGUUUCUUGUUUCAGCUCUGACUUCAAACCCUUCCCACCUGAGAGAGCUUGAUCUGAACUACAGUCAUCCUGGAGAAUCAGGGCAGAAGCUUUUAUCUGCUAGACUGAAGGAUCCAGACUGUAAACUGGAGAUACUGAAUACGGACCACUGUGCAGAAAUCAGACUCAGACCUGGAGUGCAAAAAUAUGCAUGUGAGCUCACACUAGACCCAGUCACAGCAGCCAGAGCUGCCUUACUCUCUGAUGGGAACAGAAAGGGGACACGUUUGUUAGAGUCACAGCUAAAACCUGACCAUCCAGAGAGAUUUGACUGGUGGGGUCAGGUGUUGUGUAGAGAGGGUCUGUCUGGACGCUGCUACUGGGAGGCUGAAUGGAGUGGAUAUCAGUGUGAAAUCGCUGUGGCCUAUAAAUGCAUCAAGAGGAAAGGGUGGACUGACGAAUGCUACUUGGGAAAUAAUGGCAAGUCAUGGACUUUGCACUGCUCUCCUGUCAAGUACUUUGUUAAGCAUGAUAAUCAACGCACACCUGUCCCUUCCUACAGCUCCAACAGAGUAGGAGUGUACCUGGACUGGCCGGCCGGCACUCUGUCAUUCUACAACGUCUCUUCUGACACACUCACCCACCUGCACACAUUCUACUCCACAUUCACUGAGCCCCUCUAUCCAGCAUUUGGUCUUUCAGUAAAUACCUCUGUGGUCCUGUGCCAGAUCACAUGACCUCAUGCUGCAGAAACACCAGAGUUACCCACUUCUAAUCAUACACAUGUGUGAUGCUGAGAUGAAAUAUUGAUAUCUUUACCUGGAGUAGCGGUGGUUUUCUGCUUCCUUGCCCCGCCUACUUCAUAAGUGGGUAAUUAGCAGCCGUGCCCCAUUAAAAGUGAGUGAGGCCUCGAAUUACUGAUAAUAAAAGCCAUCUACAUCAGUCCCUUGGUAAAGACUAUUGUUGAGGUCUUCUAGAAUACAGCCAUAUGUGCCACUUUUGCAUAGAUGUUUUUAGUUAGAUGAAAAACUUAAACAUGUCAAGGUAUAGCAGACUGCGUCAAAGUGUCUGAAAGGCCCCCGGACCUCCGACUAUUAAAAGCAGCAGGGUCAUUCCACCUCAAUUCAACAAAUGCCUUCUGCUUGACCAUCUCAGAUUUCCUUCAAAAUUUUACCACCUGAAGAGUAACCAUUUAAACUGACUUAGCCAAAAUAUUAGAUUGGUAUACCUAAUACAUCCAGAGAAAAACGUUUUUGAACAUGGUACCCCCCUUCUGAUUUUUGGCACAUUGGCGCCCUCAUCUAAAUCUGC